AUGUUCAAAAGUGCAACUCGCUGGCGUUUGGGAUCCAUCCUAACCACAAUCCAAAAAAUCCUCAAAAAAAGCAACAUUAAGAAAUCUAGUAGCGACAUCCACGUCAACUCUACAAAUGAGAAUACUUAUCUUUUAACAUUGACGAUAUCGCCGGGAAUUUUGAAGCUUUACGAUGGACAACGGAAGCUUAUUGAGGAUGGCGUAAAGUCAUCAUUCAAUUUUCCUGGGGAGUACUACUUCGAAGGAUAUUAUAAAAUUGGUUGGAUUAAAAACAAAGUCGAGUUAUGGUUAUGGGAAAUACAAAUCAUGAGUCUUCAACUUCCUAGCUCGCAGUAUAUCUCUUUUAUAGAUAAGCAAAACGGUGUGCAUGUACAGGUAAGAGGUCUGCAGUACAGGAUUGGUUUUCGAGCCAGGCUGAAAACAUUGGCAAUCUCCGCAUCGGAAAGAUUUGAAGUCUAUUCGAGCUCGGCAUCAACGGAUAUCGAUUUAACCUGGACAGAUUUCGCUAUUCGCGCAUCGAUAAAAAUAAAUUCAGCACCAACUGUCAAGUUUCCAAAUAAAUUGUAUUGGAAGGUUAUGGAGCCGAUUGUCAAGGCCUUUUUCAUGGGUAAGGCCGUAAAAAUGGCAGAACAGAAUGCAGACGAACUGGUGAGCGAGGCAGUAGAAGUACUUUUGAAUCCUAUUCUACAAAAACUGAAAAACAGCGCCAAAGCCGCCAUCGACUUUGACAGAAUGGCUGCUUUGCAAUGGAGUGUGCAGAACCAAUAUGUGCGCGUCGCCUUAAAACCGAAAAGUGCGAAAGCCCUCCCGCCACUGAUGCCAUGCAGCAAGAUGUUCUGUGUUGAUAUCAAUUUGCGCAACAUGCUGUUAGCAGCUCUAAACCCAGCACAGAAGAAUAUGGUCACCGCCAAUGAUAUUGAGACUGCCAACGGGAUAGGAUUUACUUGUUUGAAACCAGGCUUUACCUGUGACGGAAAUCACUGCCAAUUCUUCUCCGAUGUGGUGGUGUCACAAACAAUAAGCACCCUUGACGAUUGGUAUAACUGUUUAUUGUUUGAGUAACCGUGAUAAAUUCUGCAAGCAUCUUUAUACAAGGCCAAAGAAAGUUGCUUUUUAACGUAUUCAUGUUAUCUCGACUGAAAAAUAAAGUUAGCAUGCAGCGUAAAUGAUGCAAACAAGA